AUGGAGAGGAAAUCCCUAGGGAAGCCAUUUGAAAGAAGCCUAAGGACGGUGAACGGCCUUGACGAUAAAGACUUCGAGGUAUACAGAAGCAGCUUCUUCGACUAUUAUGACGAUCUGAUACGCAAGUACUUUGGGACCUUUGAGAUAUUCAAGCUGAGGCAAGGCAGAUUUGCAAGAAUGUUUUUUUCUCAUGAAAUGUUGAAGCUUUCUUCCAAGUACGAGUGGGUUGUCACUAGGCUCAGCUAUGGAAAGGAGGGAGAGCUGAUGGUCCCUAGGAAUUUCUACAUACUAACGGAGACUGUCUUAAGCCUCGAUUGCAAGGUCGGAGGGAUCUUCAGGGUCAGAAACUCAAUCACAACAAUCAAGGAGUGUGUGGAGACUAUCAACAUGUGUGUCAGAAGGAAUCUCUCGUAUGGAGAAGCUCGAAGGAUUCUUGUCCGGGACUACAAUGUUAUUGACCUUACCACUGCAUUCAAGGAAAUCCUCAGAGAGUACUCUAGCACAAUCAUUCCGGAAAGUCUAAUAGACACUAUGUUCAAAAUAGCAAAGGUUGAGAGCAGGGAGGACCAGAUUAUUCUCUGUCAGAUGCUAUUUAUAUCAAUGCCAAAGACAAAUAGACAUGUCCUUGAGGCGAUGAUCUACUUUUUGUAUGUUAUACAUGACAUUGCAACGGACAAGGGAAAAAACCACAAGGACAACAUGAACAUGGAAGGGAUUUCUACCAUAAUGAUGCCGAAUCUUGUGAUCAAGCCUCACAACGAGCUGGAUCUGGAGCAGGUCGGAGUUCUUGUAAAUUUUAUGAAGAUGUUUUUUGGGAACUUUGCGGCGAUCAUUCAACUUGAUCCAAACAUUAUGGAGCUUUGA